AUGAUGCCAAAUCUACUCUGCUUUGCUCUGUAAAUGGAACAACAAAGCCUGGAUGACAGCACUUUUCUUUACAGCAUGAUUUUUGACUAUUUUAAGCCCACUGUUGAAACCUACUGAUCAGAAAAAGGAUUCCUUUCAAAAUAUUACUGCUCAUUGAUACCACACCUAGUUACUACUCAAGAGCUCUGGUGGCCGUAUACAAGGACACGAAUGUUGUUUUCAUGCCUGUCAACGCAGCAUUCAUUUUGUAGCCCGAGGAUCAAGGGGGUAAUUUUGACUUUUAAGUCUUGUAUUUAAGAAAUGCAUUUCAUAAGGCUAGAGGCGCCAUAGAUAGUGAUCACACUGAUGGAUCUGGUCAAAGUCGAUUCAGAACCUUCAGGAAAGGAUUCACCAUUCUAGAUGCCAUUAAUAACAUUCAUGAUCCAUGCGAGGAGGUCAAAGUAUCAACAUUAAUAAGAGAUUGGAAGAAGUUGAUUUCAGUCCUUAUGGAUGACUUUGAGACUUAAGUGGAGGAAGUAACUACAGAUGUGGUCGAAAUAGCAAGAGAAUUUGAAGUGGAGCCUGAAAAUGAGACUGAAUUGCUGCAACCGCAUGAUAAAAUAUCGGUGAUGAGGAGUCACUUUUGAUGGAUGAGCAAGGGAAGUUGUUUCUUGAGAUGGAAUCUACUACUGGUAUACCCCUAGAAACAGUUACAGAAGAAAGUCAGUCAAGACAUGUUCUACCUGCAAGUUUUGAAGCCAACAGUUUGCAGAAAAGCAAUUGGGGGUUCUUACUUACUGGGCUUGUGGGUGGGACCCUGGUGGCUGUGUAUGCUGUAGCCACACCGUUUAUAACGCCAGCCCUUCGAAAAGUCUGUUUGCCAUUUGUACCUGCAACUACGAAGCAGAUUGAAAAUGUUGUGAAAAUGUUGCAAUGCAGAAGAGGAUCCCUUGUAGACAUCGGUAGUGGCGACGGACGCAUUGUCAUAGCGGCUGCGAAGGAAGGGUUCACAGCAGUUGGUUAUGAAUUAAACCCAUGGCUAGUUUGGUACUCCAGAUACCGCGCUUGGCGAGAAGGUUACUUUUUCGCAGUACUCGAACGUUGUUGUUUUCGGUGUGCCUCAGAUGAUGCUGCAGUUGGAGAAGAAACUUGAACUUGAACUUGACGAUGAUGCACGAGUCAUUGCUUGCCGGUUCCCCUUCCCACACUGGACUCCAGACCAUGUCACUGGGGAGGGGAUAGACACAGUGUGGGCAUAUGACGCGAGCACGUUUAGAGGCCGUGAAAAGAGACCCUGAACAUCGAUGCAUUUCCAGCCGCCCAUUCAAGCAUCAACUUUACUGAGAGUGCUUUUCCGAAAUGUCCUAGCCUUCCCCGAUCUUGUAGAGACUUACAGCUGUGUCCUUAGAAAGCAGCGUAAUUGUCUUUGGUUUGGAAUGAGAAAUUACCAUUACUUUCCUUAACUGUUGGAGGAAACAAACAAGAAAAACAGGUAGAUUUAAAAUCUGCUUUUGAUGCUAUUUUCUUAAAAAAUGUACUUACUGCCUUUUCAUGCACCUGGAUGCAUAAAAAGAUGAGUAAGUGAUGGUCAUGGUUAUGGGCAGAAAAGAUGCCAACAGCUCUUCACAUCAUAAACAGUAUGGCUUAAUGCCUCAAUAAGGAGAAAUGAUUUUUAAAGACAGUGCAGCCGUUCUUCGCCGAGUGUGGUCAGGGUUUCCUGCUUCAACAGUGCUUGGACGGAACCCGGCGCUUGUCCCCCAUCCCUG